GCGCUCUGCGAUACGGCCCCCCCGCUGCAGCACCCGGAGUGCCCCCUGCACCGAGCCUCCAGCGUGGCUGCUUUUUUCUUCCUUCCCCCUCCCUUUUUUUUUAAAUUUUAAUUCAUUUUCGGCUUUCGCGCUUGCAGGCCCCGGGCGGCCGCGCUAGCUGCGGAGCUGCGCGGGGGGCGCGGCGCGGGGCGGAGCGGCGCGGAGCAGCGCGGGCGGCGGCGGGCGCGGAGGCAGGGCGGGCGCCGCCGCCUGUGUGCGCGGGGGCGGCUGCGGGAGCGUGUGGCCCCCCCGGGCCGGGGGAGCUCUGCGUUUCGUAACGCGCUGCCCGCCCAGCGCCGGCUGCGCGGUCUCACUGCGGGCAGAGCAGAGCUCGGCGGCGGCUGCGCUCGCCGGACGCCUGCAGCCCCCGCGGUAUCGUCGCCGAGGAGGGAGCCAGUGUUUUAUGGCCUCCUCUCUGCAGGACGCUGGUGAUAAAAAGUGAUCCAAACCAGUGAAUCCCAUCAGUACCCUCUGUUGAGAAGUUCCUGAGCGCGGAGGAGCCUGCAAGCCGGUGUCCUGAAAGCCCUGACCUGCAUGAAGGCAACAGCAUGUUCAAUCAACUCUUGCUCUUUUCUCUCAUGCUGGUGAACAUAGGAGGGAACUGUUUAAACCAGCGGACUGGUGCUAUUGUAUAAACAAAAACAAAAGUUCAACCCUUAUUAAAAGAAGUAAUAUAAAUGGUUACAAAAAAGGAUUGAGCACUACUGUUCUUCCUCAGGAAACUCCUACUUGCAUAGUUGGCAUUAUUUUAAUAACUUUUUUAAACUUAUUGAAGACUAGCUUCAUCUGAAAAGAGUACUGUAACUUGGUGUCGUGUACCUGGGAAGUGUGGAUUAUUCUCUUGUGUCCGAUUAUAUUUGCUUAGACUCUUUGGAGCUUGAGCGAAUACUCUUGAAGUGAAAACUGGAAGCAUUUAAACACUAGUUGAGGAGGAAAACAUCUUAGGCCACUGAAGGACUGCAAAAAUCAUAAGCAGAAGAAAUACAAGUUGCAGUUCUUUAGUGCUACAUAGUAGGAAACUACUAACCAUGUUUCCUUGAUACUGGAAGAUUGAAGUCAGAGGUUUUCCUGAAGUUUUCCUAACCGUUGCCCUUCUCUGGUGGGGGAAGUAGUUGUGGAAAGAAGAGAGCUGCCCCCCAGAUUCUGGGCCCCGUGGUGAAACUUGUUGCAAGGCUUGGGGUGUCUGCCUGCACGGGCCGCAAUGGAGACGCUGUCACAGGACUCUCUGCUGGAAUGUCAGAUCUGUUUCAAUUAUUACAGCCCCCGCCGGCGGCCCAAGUUGCUGGACUGCAAGCACACCUGCUGCUCAGUGUGCCUGCAGCAGAUGAGGACCAGCCAGAAGGACCUGCGAUGUCCCUGGUGCCGCGGGAUCACGAAGCUGCCACCGGGGUAUUCUGUGUCGCAGCUGCCUGAUGAUCCCGAGGUCAUUGCUGUAAUUGCAAUCCCCCACACCUCAGAGCACACGCCGGUCUUCAUCAAACUCCCGAGCAAUGGGUGCUACAUGUUGCCCUUGCCCCUCUCCAAGGAGAGAGCGCUCUUGCCAGGAGACAUUGGUUGCCGCCUCCUGCCCGGCAGCCAGCAGAAGUCCCUGACGGUGGUGACAAUCCCAGCAGAGCAGCAGCCCCUGCAGGGCGACAUCCCCCCGGAGGUCGGUGCUGAGGAGCAAGACAGGAGAGGCGUUGUGAAAAGCUCCACCUGGUCAGGGGUGUGCACUGUGAUCCUGGUGGCCUGCGUCUUGGUCUUUCUCCUGGGCAUCGUCCUCCACAACAUGUCGUGCAUUUCCAAGCGCUUCACAGUGAUUUCGUGCGGCUGAGGAGGGGCUGCUCUCAGAGUACUCUUCGUGGGCCAAUCCAGGGGUUGGGUAGGUGAUGGUGGUGAGAUCAAGUGAGACAAUUCGCUGCAGCUUUGACCAAUUACUACAGAACGCUUGACACAGGGACAGCUCUUUGUUAGUCCAGUGGCAAUCCCAAAAGGUGGAAUGUGAGGCCUCUCAGCAAUGUGUGGAGAAAAUCGUGUCGGGUGUCUGAUGGUAACAGCACUGAGGAGGACUAUAUGCAUCACCAUAAUCAUUUAUCAAAGGGACUGUAAUUUACAAUGAUUUUUGUCAUAUUACAAAAUUAAAGACAUCUAUGUAGCUGGUUAUACUGUAAAGUAUAUGGUAUGAGCUCUUCUCUAAACACAGUAGAUUAAAAUCAAAAUUGCUCUAUGUAGAAUUAAAGAGAGAAUUGGUGUGUGACUCAGUAAAAGGUGUUCAGUAGCAAUCCACACGGACACUAUUUUUUAAUGGGGGGGAGGGAGACUUGUAAAAACAAGAAAUCAUUUAGUUGGUAAGGGAUUUUAUAUGUUUUAAAUUGCAUAUUAAUUAGACUAAGUUAGAAAGUUGUACAAUAGUUUUUAAAAGGAAAUACUUUACAAGCAAUCAUUUUGUUCCGUGGUGUGUUUUUGCCUUUCUCUGUCUCUCUCUGUUUUCUUUUUUCCAUUUUUUUCUCACCUAUAGGGAAGCGGCACUUCCAAAUUGUUUUAUUUGAUGGAGGAUCGAAGCAGGGAAGCAAAGUGAGCUAGGAGGAACACCUAAAAAUGCAGCCAAAACAUUUCUGCCUACCUGGCUUCGCAUGAAGGAUGCCUUUGAAUGGUAAACGUUGGACAUGCUGUUUUACCUCUGAUCUGUCAGCAGGCCUUCCCAAGGAUCUGGCCUUCACAGGGAUUAGUGAAGAUGUGGGUCAUGAGAAGUCCUAGGAUUCCUUCCUGCGAGGACGUGAUAGCAAAUUGUUCUUCAUUUUCUUUUCUUUCCAGAGGUCGAUUUUGUUUUGUUUUAAGAACUUCAGACCUGUUUUACCUCCCUCUCUCCUAAGAGGUGCAACUGUGUACCCAUGGAUGGUGUAAAAGAGAGGUUACCCUGAGGAAGGCUCACCAUCUGGACAGAGACCGAGGUCUGUUCUGUGCCAUCAUUUAAUAGCAGGUGGUGACAAAGCUGGGAGCAGAGGCCAGGCCAACCUAAGCCUCUCCUUGGGUUGUGCUACCCCUCCUAAAUCACUGUGGCUGUCCUGGUGUCAAAAUGUGUACGUGAGCAUAACUGAGCCCUUUUCACAUUUCAGUGAUGUAAAUCUUGGGAUGUAUGGACAGAUAUGCACAUAUGGACUGAUGUGAAAGAGGACAGCAAAAUAUUCCCCUUCACCUGUGAAUGCCAAUAAGCCCUCAGUAAUUUGCAGUUCAUUGCUUGGAAAGAGCCAAAUUCCUGUACUUCAGUUCAGUAGCGCCUCAUGCCAUAAGCAGUCCCACUAGCUUUCGUAGAACUGCUUGUGAAGUAAAGUAGAGCUCAAUGUGAAUUUGACUAUCUGGCAAGUCUGAAAGCUCAAAUUUGUGAGAUUUAAGGAUCAGAUCAAGGGGCACAUGACACAGAUCUUUAAUGAGGCAGAAAAAGCUACUGAUUUGCACUGAUUCUUUUGCAAGUACAAAGUGUGAAUAGUUGCUUGGGCAUAACCUGCCUGAAGAAUGUUCUCUUUUCUGCUGCUAGUGCUCCUUCUGAAUUGAUUUGAGAUUGCUCAAUGCCAUGUUAUAACACCAGGAAACAAUUUUGACCGUACAGUGUCCAAGUUAGUCCUGUAGAAGUUGGUGGUUUUGUGAUUAUGUCACCAAAUCAAAUUUUUGGUUCACAAUAAACAUUAUUCUCAACUAGAACUCCCUGUUGAGAACAUACCUCUUCCUUAGUGCUAGAUUUCUCCUCCUCCUUCUGCGAAACCACCAUUUUCUUCCUUGUUUUCUGUUAACUGAAGAAUAGCAUAUAUGGUGCUUAAUCCUCAUGGGGUAUGUAAGGUCAUGUAUGGAGAGGAAAUUAAGUACAUUAUGCUGAUUUUUAUCUACUGUCAUUUGUAUGCAUAGCACAGCAAAAAAACCAACUAUCCUCAGAUAACAUAUGUUCAAUGCCUUUUUCGUGUAAGGCCCAUGUGCAGUAUGCCUUGAACCUGACUUAUAAGUAUUGUAAUACACUGACACCUCUCAGCAGCAUGUUUGAUUUGGUUGCGGUAGGGAACAACAGUAAUUCCAAAAGCGUGUGUUUUGACCUUGUUAAUCUCUUGUCACCACUAGGUAGCCAGAUUUCUGUUGACAUCCAUACUACACUGCUUGUUGUAUAAAGGAAGGCCAGUUCACGAAAAAAUCUUGCCUUUAUAAGACUCUUAAGACAAGUGACCAGGUACAGGAUUCAACCCUCUACUGCCUUAUCCCCUAGUGGUAACUUGUACCAGGAGGGUGGAGCAUAGCUGAAAGAUGCUCUGAGAACAACACUGAAGCAUUUUACACCAACUUCUGCAUUUGUCAGAGUCGUGAAUGACUGCAGGAAAAUGCAAGGCGGUCAAAGAGCAGGUCCCAGGAGUACAGUAUUAAUUGCGUUAACCUCAUCCUGGCUGUGCAAUGCCUGCCGUGAGCUCUUGAGGUGGAGGGUUCCCUUUGGUGUCGCAGAGAAUGGCUGUCCGGAAGGCUGCUGCUGUCUGUGCCUAUGCGGAGAGGGCAGUACGAAAGAGAAAUCAGAAAUUAGGUUAAAAUACCACACUGCAUAAUGUAUUACGCAACAGGCAGACCUGGAGUUUAUCUGGUAUUAAUGACAUAAGUAUUAUAUUAGCAGAAUACCAUCCUGUAUUACGUAGCAGAGUGCAUUGUUUUGUUAGUAUGAAUAUCCUGUACUUUUAGUGCCUGCUGAAAUGCAUGUUUGACCUAAUUUCUGAUCCAGACACUUGCCUGCUCACAGACUUGUGUAAGAGCAAUAAGUAAAACCUCAAGAUUUUCGCCUGUGUGGGCGCGUGUGCGUGCGUGUAUGUUAAAUUCCUUUUUAAUAGGAGUUCUGGAGAUGUUUUUGUUUUUGCUUUAGACUGUGACUCUCAUUUUAAAUUUGCAACUGCCAUGUCAUGUGGGAUCACCUCGCUUUUUGCUGACUUGUGUAGAAGUGAGCUAAAUAGUUUGUUGUAAUGUACAGUGUUAAAAUGUUUCUCAAGUAUGUUGAUUGUCAUGCUACUUUAAAAAUGCAGUGCAGUCUAUCCCAUUCCUCAGUCUAGUACCUGGCAUUAAAAAGUGAUACUGCUGUAUACGCAUCUAACUUUUUUUUAAACCCUUGUCUGUGUAGUUUUUCCCAGGACAAAAUCUGAACCUGAAGGAAAUCCCAGGUGUACACCGCGUGUACACCAGUUCUGUAUCAAAAUCAUCACGUCCUGGGGUAGCUUUUGUUCCCUGGUGUCUAAUAGGCAAUCACAACCCAGUUCUACCAAAAAAACAAGGAAACUUACUGUGACUCUGUACUGUUUGAGCAACCAAAACUUAUGCUAAAUACUGUUGUGGGAAAUUAAUAAUGCACCUGCAUUUUUAGAACAAAUUUACUCUGUAUGAAUGUGUAUUUAUUUGCUUGUUUAAUGGGAAGGGUGUGUGUGUAGGGGUCCAGGGUUUUUUUCCUUUUUUUUCUUUUUUUUUUUUUUUUUUUUUUUCCUUUGGAAGAUCCCAGCUUCCAUUUUUCUGCUUGUGCUUUCCUGGCAAACAGACUUUAGGAUUCACUUUGUGAAAUUUUGUUUAGUGAAUUUUAAAAAUUCAAAAUAUGCAAUUUGGGUAUGCAGGAUUUUUUUAGGAAAUUGUGUGUUCAGUGAUUGUUCAUGCUUAACCAAGAUGUAAAGGAACCUGGAUGUUUUGUAAACAUGGAGCAAUCAUGAGUCCAAAGUUUCAUCUUUAUUAAUGAAACUCAAUCUGAAUAAAACAUUAGCAGGAAAAGAAUGCUAUGAAGUGAAUUAUGGUACCUGUGUUACUUUGCCAUGAAAUGAAGAGCAUGGAAGGGAAUUCAGCAGAAUUGGUCUGUAUUUUUCGAGGGGGUGACUGAAAUUUGACUGAUAGUGUUUUAAGGCAAAGUGUAAGUGGGGGUUGUGGUAAAUCUUGAAAGGUUUUUCAUGGUUUAACUGCCUUGGUAUACAGAAUUACAGCUGAUGACUACUGAGCCACACAGCAGAUUUUUUUCUUCUUUUUUUAAUCAGGCUAUUUAAAAGUUUUAAGUGAACAUUUUGCUUAUGGAAGUGGGGGAUUAUUGGCCUUGGUUUAAGCAUGUGUUGUACAGACUGGCACACUGCCUCCCCCUUCCCCCUUGAGCCCCUCCUCCCAGUCUGUUAGGUAUGUUGAAGCCCGGGGCAGCCAGUCUCCGUGAUUUUACAAGCACUUUUUUGGAGCAGAGAUGGGUGACCUUGCACUGGGUUUGUUACAUCCACCACAGGGCUAAAAUGCAACCAAACAAUUCAGAUGUGAUUUGCGUUCUGCUGUAGGUGUCCAGGCAGAAAAAGCUCCUGGCACCGAUCUACUGCAUGAGCUGCUUCAAGCCUCUCUGUUCUCUGGGUCUUUUCACAUAAAUGCUGACGAGCUGAGGACGUUGCCUCCUCCCAGCCAUGGAAAAGGGCCCUACCUGCCACCCACAGCUAAAGGCCCCCAGGAGCAUGGCCUGCCUGCACACAAGACACUUGUGUGAGUUCUGCAGGAGACAUUCACGUGUUAAGUGAACACAUCUCCAGUUGGGUUUGAAAUGCUUCCUUAUCGCAGUUGCACCAAAAGCCUGGCUUGAAAUUUUUUUAUUUUUCAGGCUUUUUUAGGGGUAGAGGCGAAGGGAGGGAGAAGGUGCAUGGCAGCAGAUGAGUCCCAGCAGCACCCAGGAGGCUGUUGAACGGAUCUGCUGGCCCUGAAAAUGUAGGCUCUUGUGUGAGGCCCUCAGUAGGGCAAGGUUGUAUUGAGAUGCUGCCAUGGAUUUACAGCUUGCUGAUGACCUUUCCGAUGCAGUACGCUGUCCGUAGGCCUGACAGCUGGGACCGUUUUGUUCUCUUUGUCACUUUACCUCUUGCAUGCUCAUGUCAACAAACAAAGCUGCUUGCUUCAUCAUGGUGAGCAGUUUUGCAGACAUUUCUUGUCCUGGGCAUCUGUCAUUGAAAGCUCUUACCUUCUAAGUUCAGUAAAAUUUAAUGCUUAAUACGUGUUCAGAAAAUGCAUUUUUUUCUUCAAGCAUUUCCUUAUUCUUCAAUAAAUUUUAUUUUAGUUCUAAGGAAUUCCGAUAAUUUUUGUGCUAAGCACGUUCCUGAACAUCAGAGGCAGUUCUGAGGGAUUAGGUAAGAACCACAGCCAGAAGAAAAUAUUUCCUACCUCCUGUCCAUUCCGCAGUGCCCUUCAGACGUACACAAGCCUGUGCUUAUUCCCCUCAGCUAUACCACGCUGGAGCACCUAUGCAUGGGGGUGAAAUGGGGAUGCGUGGGUAUGCAUGGAGCUCCUACGUGUGUGAGCACAGAGGUGUUUCCACAUGCACACAACGCAGUCUCAUGUGUAGCAGAGUGAUGCUGACAGGCUUAGUACGAGGGCCCCGGGCUGUUAUAUCUCAGGAAGGUGGCAGGCUGUCUGGCUCCGAGAGGCGUGCUAAGGCAGCUUUGGAGCAUGAAGCCUGCAUUUCCCAUGUGAUGAGUUGCCCCUCUCCCUCUCUGAGCUACCCUCUGCAACCCGGAUCGAGACCAACUCCUGGCAAUGCUGCACAGGAUGGACUGCUCCAGGGUUGACACCUUGUCUGAGUUCAGGUGAGGAGCCGUUAUGUUGCCAUGUGCCUCCAGCUGGGGAUGUCUGCCCCACAGGAGAACAGCUGGAUGCCCGGGCUUUCAGCGGAUCGGGGGUUUGUAUAAGUUCAAGUGAAGGUCUUUUGACACAGAGCUAUAUAAAGUGCUCCUGAAAGCCAAACCAACUGGGACUGAGCUGGUUUGAGAGAGUGAAGAAAGGGUGCGGAGGGGGAAGGACAACCAGAAAUGAGCAGGUGAUUAGGCAGUAGCCUAGAAUUUGAGCUCUGUGAUAUGUGAAAACAUCUAUCGGCCAUGUUUUGCAGUGAUCUGCAUUUGUCAUUUCUGUCCAAUUGUAUCUCAAGAAUACCUUGGCUGUGGAACUUGAGAUUUUGUUUUUCCUUCCAACUCCUUUGAGCUGGGAAGCUGCCUGUUUCAAAAGAGCAGUUUUCCGCCUAACUGAAAAAGAACUGUUUGGGAAUGUUUUAGGAUGCUAAAGCAUCACAGAAGCUCAGGACUUGUAAGAGAUACAAGCUGAACAGAAGCUCAGCAGGAAGAAGUUGUUUGGAUUAAAAAAAAACUUAUUGAACUCUCUGUGUGUGCAGAUGUGUCACGUUUAAAAUAAAAACUUGUUUUAUUUGCAUACAUAUUGACUGAACAUACAAAAAGCAGGUGGCCAUCUCCUAGGAUAAAUAAUGAAAGUGACUGCCAAAGCUGGUGGUGACGCCAAACAGCUAAAGACAAGAUUUGUUGAGCUUACUAGAUCUGAGAGGCUGGGGUGGGGUGAGGGAGGUUGGUUAUUUAGUACAGAUAUUGUAUUUAGUUUACAAGAAAUAAAACAGUAGGAUUAAAAUAAGGGUCUGUAGCUUUCUGGUAUGGUUUUCAAGGUGGAGUAAAUGGAAGAACUGAGGAAUCUGGGCAGUUUGAUGCUCAAGGUUAUUUGUUUGUCCAUCUUGAGGCUUAUGAAAAGUUGCGUUUGCUGUCACUGUACUGAUCAGUCUUGGAAACAUUGACCUGUAGGCCCCUGCUGGCACUGACUAGAUCUGAAUUGCUGUGGUUUGUAUCUGUUUAAGAGAAAUCUGAAUCUGCCUCAAGAUCUGAAAAAAUCGUCACCCUGCAAGACUGUUGGAAUUCAGGUUGACAUUUUGUAUCCGAGUUCCCCCAUCUGACCUGCCUAGCCUCUAGUAGUUGAAUGGUCUGUUGCUAUGAAUAACCCUAUUCUAUUCAUUUCAUCUCUCUGAAAUCAUAGUUUUCAGUAAUAUUCAAAUAUUUUAGCUAGUUCUUUUUUAACCUGAAAUGAGACUAAAGACUAUCAGCUGUUACUUAUUGUAAAGUAUGUGAUCUCACUCUAAAGCGUAUAAGUAAGGUGGUAGGUCUUACAACACUUUCAAAGCAGUUUGUCACGUGGUAGAAGCAUGUGGCUGACUGAGAAUAAGAGGAAGCUCAGUUCCCAAGCAUGGCCAGUUUGCUAACUGAACUGCAAAUUAAUAAUUUCUUGCUUAAAUUAUUUGGAAGAAAGGUCACAGAUGUUUCUCAAAGGUUUGCUUAAGAAAUAUGUUUAAGUAUUUGGGACAUGAUCCAGGAAAAUAUGCUAACUGAGAAAGCACUUAAGCAUUAGCUGUCUAAGAAAGCUGAAGGGAUUUGGCUGUACAUGAUUAGAUACUUAUUCAAAUAGAGAUGGACUUUACACUUAGAUGUUCAUUUCUAGAUAUGUGGCUAGUCUGCAUGAUUCUUAAAGCACAUGUGAAAUAAUAAGCUUUGCUUUGGGAAAGAUUUUAUAUUGCAAUUUGAAAACAGAUCAACUAGGAGAUGCUCUGUAAUCUCCCAAGACAGCUGUUUUCAAGUAUUUGAAUGUAGAAAUUCGGUAUUUCUAUAACUCCUAUUUUUAAUUGCUCAUUGCACAUAGCUGAGAAUUCUUAACUCAUGGCCGGGGGGGAGGUGUGCAGUCCAAAUCCACACCAAGCAUACUCUGAGAGUCCAGAAUGAUAAUGAUUUAAAAAAACUCAGGAGAAAUAAAUUGAAUUCUAUUCGCCUUUUCUUUCCGUGUUGAAAUGCCGAGGGAUUUGCUAAACCUACAGGUUGAUAUAACUGAAUCCCUGGUUAAUGAUUAUAUUUGCUGAACUGGCUAGCUGCAACGGAUACAUACACUGUUCUUUCUUUUUCUUCCUCCCCUCAUCUGGUUUAGAGAAGACAAGAUUUGGACAGUUGUAGCUGGAUUGAACGGAGUGAUAAGAGUUGUAAAAUGUUACCAGCAGGAAGUGUAGUUUUGUGAUAAACAAGGAAUUGCAACACUGAAUGUCUUUGGGCAGCCAUCCAGGCAGAACAAGCAGGCAGCAACUCCAGCAGACCCAUGGGAUCUAGAGAAACCUUGUCAAGAGUAGUGGAUACAUGGGGAUAUUUUUUAAUACCCUAGGUACUCUCUGUGUUUGCUGUUGCUGGUGCCUGACAUCUUUGGGUUUGGGUUCUUUCUUCCGUCCUCUAUAACAAGAAGGAACAAAGCCUAAAAAGCCCUUUGUAUUGUUCCCUUACUGGGGUGCCAUCUCCUGUUCCCUUUUCUUCUGCCCGUUAUUUAGCUGUUCUAUCUCCUGCAGAUUUGCGUAAGUCAGAAGAAACUAUCUUUGUACAAAUGAGCAAUUACAAAUUUCUGCUACAUUUUCAUUGAUGAAUAUGCUUAUAAGUUUCUACAGAAUAAGGAACAUCUCUAGGCCUCCAUGCAAAGUCUGAUUUGCAAUAUCCCUUUGUCUGCUGUCAUUACUGUCAGUCUUUUUAAAAUAUAUGCUGGGUUAUUAUACCUUUCAAAAUAUUAUAGCCCUAACAUUUUUGAAAAGGGCAGAAGCAAAACAAACUGGAGACUAGAAAUUAUUUCUGCAAUUUAUUGUAGUGUAUCAGUGACAUUAAUUCUGUGAUUCCGUUUUCUUUGGGAGGAGGGAGAGAAGGAAGAAGAAAAUCCAUAUUCAUGGUUUGGAUUAGGUCUGCUGAGUUUCAAUAUGUAUGUAUGUGCUUCUGUUUUGUAAUACCUCGUAAACCUUCUAACAGCUGAAAACUGCAAUAGCACCAAAAUCUUAAUGAAAUGUCACAUGCUGCCUAUUAGAUUUAAAAUGCCUGCUGAAAUGUGCAAAGCCUGGACUUUCUGGAUUUUGAGCACACAGAGUACUAUACGUGGCAUUAGUUUUGAUUGUCACUUCUCCGAGAUCAAAAUCAGGUCUUAUGCUUUAUUUAAAGCAGUUAGUGGACUCAGCCUAUGAGGAUCUUUGUGACAUGUACUACAUGCAGUGGCAGCUCUCGUUUCAUAAAUCUGCAACAAGUAGCCUUUGAUAAAGAGAGAUUUACUAAUUUUUGAGGGUAAAUCAUCUGUCUCCUUAAGAGAGUGUUAAAUCUUUGCCUUGAGUUAGUGACUUGCAUUUUGCUAAAGGAAGACAGAAUUUGGUUAAAUAACAUCUGCACAGUAUGGCCCCAACAUUCGCUUACAUGGCCCAAGGGGAGGAGUUGCUCUGGGGCAGGUGUUGAACUGCCUGAAAAACAAAUAUGACCUACUGCAAAUUUUUCAGCUCUGUUGGAGCAGUGACUUUAUAAGGACACACUGUAAACGUCCUUGUGGCUGCAAUAGUCAGACAUGACAUCUCCAGUUAGAGCUUGGAGUCUUGUGAUUUCUUUGCUAUAAAUAUGAUCCCAAGGAAACAUUUAAAAGAAAUGUGAGAACCUUCCUAUAAGAUUCCUUCAGCUUUCUAAGUCAUCGCAAAUGUAGAGCUUUCCUGCUGUUCUGUACUUUUAUUCAGCUUCAUGUAAAAAGGUAGUCCAAAAGGAGGCUGUCUCAUGCAGGCUGCUGCUUCUGUUGCUUAUCUGAGGUUUGUCAUACUGCUUAGAUAUUCUUUUGUGGCAGGCUCUAAGAAGUGCUUCUGAUCCCCCCCCCCCCCCUUUAUCUUCCUUAUAAUUGUUUCGGAAGAACAAAACCAGGCACUAGGAAAAAACAAAAUGAAGAGUAAAGCUGUUCUUAAUUCAGGCCACGUUUACACCAUCUGUUCUGUAUCUAUUUAAACACUGUCAGGAGAAAGCAGAGGUGCCCCUGAAAUUCAGCUGUCCUCCAAAUGACUCCAAGUAGGCUUCCUGUUGUGGAGGCUAAACCUUGCUAAGUAGAGGGGCUUUGAGAACAAAAAUAUUUUUAAGCCCUGGGAGUAAGGAGAUGAGAUCCGUAGCUGCUAGAAAUGUAGAGGGAUCAGUUGCAUAACUUCCACUGAAGAGUUUCUCCUUUCUGUAGUCCCAGGUGGUCCCUGUGGGCUGGUGUGUAUGGGACUGCAAUGGGGAGGGUAGGACUGCCUGUGCACACACACAUGUUCUCCAGGGGAGCUGCUUGUCACCUUCCCAACAUGUAUUUCAAGCUCCUUGCAGUUGAUAUUAGUUUCUAUUACUUCAGCCAUAGUAUUUCUAAUUGCUCCAAAAGCAUUGCCAGUGAGCUAUAACUUAAAGCAGAUCUAAAAAGUCCCUGCCAAAGGGUCUAUCUUUGCACUCUGAACAAACUCUAGUAAAGGCUGCUGUAUUACUGAUGGACAUAGGAAGGAGUGGGAAUGGCUUUUCUGGUGAAGGCAAAUAAACUUUGACAGGUGUUAAAAAGGAAAAGGAAAAAUACUGAAUACUCUUUAUGUCAUCUGAAGAGUUCUUGGUUCAACUUUGAAGUGAGAGCUAGUUCUCUGUCUCAGUGCCGAUGUGAAGAUGUGUGUAUGUAGUCAUACACGCAGUACAUUAAUUAAAACAGGAGAUGAUGGAGGGCUUGGCUUUUGCUUUAAGAAUCAAAGGCAGAAAUGCCUAUUUUUAUGUCAGUAGCGCCGAUGUCCUCUUCCCUCCCCCUCUGGACCUUCAGGCUUGUUAAUAGCUCCACCAGAAGCUGUGAAGGUUGAGUUAAGCCUCAGGCACACAGGUGUUACAUGGCUCUCUUACAACUCCACCACCCUCUCUGCUCCUUGGCAUACACUCAUGUUCGACAUGUUCCCGUGCCCUCUGCAGGCUCCCUCCCCACCCCUCGUUAAUUAUAUUCUAGCCAAGCAAGCUGGCACUGUUCAGGGACUGCAAACUGAAGUCCUUGACGUUUCAGAAGCAAGAACGUACAUAACUUAGUUUUAGGGGCGUUAUCUUUCUUCUUUUCUUAUAAAGCGCUAACUAGCCUGUACAGAUACUUGAGCUGCUGGGCUGUUGUGUCAAAAUGUUGCCAAAUAUUGACUUUAUAAAGGUGAAAUCAAAGUGCUGUUGAUAAAUCUGAAUGCCCGUUGAAGCAUUCUUUGUUUGCUUUGUCUGCCCUAGAAGACGUCUAAACCCUCGCACAGUUUCUACCUUCCCCCUUACACUGCCUCUUCUCCCCAUUUUAAUAUACAGUAUUUUUGUAGGCCAGUCUCUGGAGUCUUGUCCUCUGUAUAUGUGGAAGUGCUGAUUUUAUGAGAAAUGUGUGGAUGUAUUUGCUAUGAUUAAAAUUCUUUAAAAUGAUUUUCAA